GAGAGAAAAAGGGACUGACUGCCUGCCUGGCUGGCUGGCUGGCUGAGGAGUGGCGUCAUGUCGUGUCAUGACUGGUGAGGAGGUGUCAUGACUGCCUGCUGCAUGCAGAUACACCUGUAUGAUCGAUAUGCCAUACCAUGCUUGCCUGGAUGUAUGGAUGGAUGGAUGGAUGGUUUUUUGAAUGCCGCUGUCUGUCUAAUUAUUGGUUGACUGACUGAGUGGCUGCAUACCAUAUGGUAUACGCUGGUGUCACUCACUUGUGCAGACGUGCGGGGCGUGCGCUUGAUGAUUUGUUUGGCCGACUGACUGACUGACUGACCGACUGGAAGGAACCGCUUGGGUGUUGAGAUGAAAACCAAUGCAUCGCACAGACGCGGGAUCAAGCUGAUGGGGUGGGUGGUGUUCACACGCUUGUCUUUCACCUUCACCUACUAGCCCACACACCGAUUCCCCCCACUUUUAGGAAGGCUAGCGACACACAUAAAUGCAUAAAUGCGCUCACUCAUUGACACACACACACACACACACACUCGGGCGUAUAUACACAUGGGGCUGUGGGUAUGCAGUCGAUCAGCAAAAACGCGACUCUACAAUCCACAAAGGGAUGGAAAACUCACACAACACUGCGCAUACACGUGUACGCACCUCUCUCGGUCUGCAGUGAGCGCCUCUUCGAGGCCUCACGCACACUCCGCCCCCUCUGUGUGCACACAGCACACUGACACACACACAGAGGGGGCACAGAUGAAUGUCUCCCCAAUCGACUCGACCCCCAGGAAGCACAAAAAGCCCUCCCUCCAGGUAGCAAAAAGCAAGUUUUGAGCAAAAGAGAAGAGCUCAUCGAGAUCUCCUCCAUGUUAGCCGAAUCUGAAGACCUCGAGCAUGAGGUGCAUCCUGCCGUUGCACCAGCCGUCCGCCUGCGUGAAGCGCCACGCCUCCUGCGCCAUCGCCUCGGGGCCGCACACAAACACACCUACGCACACACACACAGACAAACACGCCGACCAUCCACACACAAAGGGGUGUGGUGUCGCCAGCUCACCGAUGUGUUUUGGUGGGUGAGGUGAGGUCUGCAGCUUCUCGGCUGCCUGUGUGAGGAAGUCCGUGAGAUUCCCCCUCCCCCGCUGCACACGCGCGUCGCCCUCGCCGUUGAGCGCGAUCAGGUCGCUGUCGGUCGCUUCUUUGUUGGUCAGAAAAAAGCCGCACCUGACACAGACAGACAGACAGACAGGCAGACAGACAGGCAGACAGACAAGGAGGAUGGGUACUAAAUGUGGUUGUGUCGUGUUUGCUGUGUGGCUGGCUGGCUGGCAUACUUGUCUGUGGGGAUGUGCCUGAAAUGGUUGGCCAUCACGUCGAACAUGCCGGCGUCACGGAAUGACCAGUACGCACAGCCCACCUGACAAUCAUACACACACACACACACACACACACAUGGGGGGGCGAGCUUGACUCAUCCACCAUUUAUUCUCUCUCUGCGUUCACCAACGCCCUGACCACCGACCGACCUUCUGUGCGUUCAGCGUCGCGACAACGGAUGCAACAGCCGUGACACCAGAGCCGCCCGCAACGAACAAUAUCGCGUCAUAGUGCUUCAUCUUCUGCUCAAAGCUGUGGCCAUACGGCCCCCCGAUGGCAACGAACGGCAUCUCCACCCCUUUUGCCUCUCCCCCUCCCAAUCCCCCGGCCCCCUCCCUCGCCCUCUCCUGCUUGUCCUGCAGCAAGGCCACCUUCUCCGCCAGUGCGGGCGUGAAGGCCUUGUACAGGCCGAGACGCUUCUUGGGGUCCAUGACCUUGACGAGGAGAGCGAACCUGCCGUCGACAGUGGGUGGCGGGAAACCCUCCCCCUCUCCCUUUCUGUGUGCUGCCGCUGUCGUCUCGUCGAGGACAGGGACGAUGCUGAAGGGGUGAGAGAUGUUGCUGAUGGAUGGCAUGAAGAGGGAGCACCACUGGCCCGGCCUGUGGACGAAGCCGCGCUUCUCGAUCUGCAGGUAGACGGAGCCGUCGACCACUCGUGGGGGGCAGGAGGGGUCCAGCUGAGAUCUCUGGUAGGUGACCGACAUGAUCGCCUCAUACAGGUAAUCGAGGACCACCAACGCCGUCGCGGCUGACAUGGAGAGAGAGAGCAAGCCAUCCUUCUCGCAUCUGCCUGUCUGCCUGUCUGCCUGAGUGUGUGUGUGUGUUGCCUACCCAGUACGAGGUAGGAGAGGUUCCUAGCGUCUUCCCUCCAGGUGUCGCCGCCAACGUCUAGAUGGAGGGCGAUGAAGAUGCCCGCUAGAGGCAUCAAAGAGUGGAACUGCCGGAACACGGCAUACGCCGGCACCCGCAUGAAGCCCGUCAGCACAGCCACCCACAGAAUCGCACCUGCGCCACACACACACACACACACACACACACAAGAGAGAGAGAGAGAGGGACAGAGAGAGAGAGACGAAUCGGUGAGAUGAGCGAUGGGGAGCGGUGGCAAAGGGACUGACACACCGGCAAUGAUGCCCCACAGGAAGUUCUGAUCCAGUUCCUCGAUCAGGAUGAUGAUGAAGUGGACGACGGUGAAGUAGGCGGCGAUCAGGGAGAAGAAAAUGUGGUACUUGAGCGAUCGCUCGAACCCAAGACCAAACGCCACGGGAUUCAACGUCAUCUACACACACACGAGGUACUGGAUGGUGUGUGUGUGUGUCUAUGUGUGUAUGUUGCCAACGGACCUUUCUCGGUGUGAGGAGCAGAGCCGUCGUGAGUGCGAGUGCCGUCCCAUGCUGAAUCGCGAAGCCGAUCGACUGAACAAGACACGCAGGCCACGCACAGGCGAGGUGGGAUGAAAGUGGGUGAAGGUCGGGCGGGUGUGUGGUGCUGAGCUGGGCUGAGCUGAGCUGAGCCACCGACCCUUCUGGCUGUGAGGGCGUCCCUGAGCUCGUUGUACUGGUGAACCACCAUAUAGACGAUGCAGGCCGAGAUGCCGCCGACCACAAACACACCUGAUGAUUGAUGCGAUGCCACACACGCACACGUCGCCCACCGGACAUUCGCUGGCUGGUGCGUGGCUGCAUCCGUCCCGCGCUGUCCUUCCUCACUUGUGAGAGACAUGGAGCCAAACGUCUCCAGAUACUCGUAGCCAGAUCUGAGUCCACACACAAACGUGCUUGCGCGCGCCCUCCCACAGGUGACUCACUUGGGCGGUGCGAAGAGUGGCCUGGUGAGGAUGGCCCGGAGCCUGUUGGUGGGCGGCAGGAGGUGCAGCAGCACCCCCAGCACCAGCACCGAAACCAACACGAUCAGGUACACCCACAGCGGCCAAUUGGUCGACUCCUCCACCUACGAUUGUGCGGGGACGGGACGGACACAGCAGGCCAUAUAUCAUCUGUUUGCACCGCAUAGGUCAAUGAAUGGUCUCUCCGUGGUGCUCGCUUCGCUUACGGCUGGGGCGUCAGUGACGGUGAAGCCCUCACCGACAGACGGCGGGAGGGUGUCAAUGGUGGGGUCAUCUUUCGCAAGGGCAAAGUCUGUCACGGGCGCCUGAGCCGAGAUGCCCUUGCGGUUCCUGAACACACACGCACGCACAAUCCAUCCACCCAUUGUGGUGUGUGUGUGUGUGUGUGUGGUGGGUGCAGGGGCUGUGCCUGCCAUCCAUUGUCUGUGUGAAGCUCACUGGAAUGCUGGUCUCACGAAGAUGCGCGUGGCGUUCUCGACGGGCAUCGAUUCUCCCUGCAGCGGCAGCACAAAGAAGCUCUUGUCGCGGCCAAUCUAAGAAGCACAAGAGGGCAGAAACAAGAAUCUAAGGAGCACAGGAGCCCAGGAGGACAAAGCCGUCCCGUUGACCUACCGAGAAAGUGAAUCGGUCCGACUCUCCACUGUCAAGCUCGAAGUAGACCUCGAACCGCCCGAAGCACACACACGUGUUGUCCCAGGAAGGAUAAGCACCCAGAUUCACCCGGGCCUGCACCAACCUGCACACAAUUAUCCCAACAAUCAGUGGUGCAGCGAAGCGCGACUGGCCAGUCUGUCUGCAGACCCACACAUCGCACACGUGCACCCACCCUGAGUCGACGGAGGUGACGAGUCCACCACCAGGGACGGCCGGGUCAUCGAAGGUGCACGACGGCUUGGGGGUGGUGUCGUCGCGCUCCGAGGGAUGAGAAAUGUCGUCAGUUGCGUCCCUGUGAGUGAGGAGAUAGAGGUGCGGCGUGUGUGUUGUUGGUUGAUCUGAUUGCCUGCCUGACGGGCUGCUGACAGACCUGAUGUAGGCUGGGUUUCGGCCACCAUUGCUCUGGAACACACAGCACGGGUCGCCCAACUCAUCGCCGUUCGUCUUCAAGUCGCCGUCGGUGUCUUUCUGUCAAUCCACAAGCAAACCACACACAGGCACCGUAUCUUCUCCUUGCCUGGAGUGGUGUAUGGUCCUACUUCGCACAGUGCAGUGGUCCAUGAGGGAACGCAGCUCAGCGGCUCCACGUCACCACAGCUCAACGACACCACAUCAUUGCCAAACUGAUCGAUGAGCAAACCAAAGCAAACAGACAGACAGACACAUGACGAGGUCCAACCAGUGCUUGUUUCGCUUACAUCGUUGAAGUUCGGUCCACUGCCGCAGCUGGGGUGCGUGAUGCCACGGCAGCCAGGUGGGUAUCUGGGCACAAUUCUGGUCUCGUAACCGGUAUACCCCUCACACCUCCAACACCUCAGCAGCGGCAAAACCAGAAGACUCCCAACCCACGAGCCAAGUGCACGAGCCAUUCUUCUCGGGAGCUUAGGGCUCCAGCUGCAACAGCUUCAAAAGCACCUCGCCAAGCGUCAAUCUUGGUGCGAAUAUCAAUGCUUUCAGG